AUGAAUGAAAACAUAAGCCAGCUGCUCACCGCUCCAUCCAAGCCAAUCAUCCUCGCACAGCGCGACGACUGGCCAGCUUGGUACAAGGAAAUCCGACUGGCGUCCGUGUGCAAGAAUGUCUGGCCAUACAUCGACCCUGACACUACAGACGCCCCAGCUGUGCCGGAUGAGCCCAGCCUUCCAACUUACGGAGACUUUCAGAUAGGCGCUCUCCGGUAUUCGGAUCUGGAUGAAAAGAACCGGGUUGAAUAUGAUCAUGCCUUGCGGAUGUAUCGCUGGAUGAGAGACGAUGUACGACGGAUUCGAAGCGACGUUGCCUAUAUCGCUCUUGUGAUUGCGACCUCGGUGUCGAAGUAUGCCCGUGGCUUCAUUGUGGAUGAGGAUGAUCCGAGGGAAAUGUUGAGGUUGUUGAAGGGGCCGUUCGAACCUGGCUUUUAA